UGUGACGCAUGCGUAUCAUAGCCGGAUGACGUGUUUAGACCACUGGCCAACAUUUCGACAACAAAUAUUCACCGAAUCUGUUUAAAGCCCACGGAAAUAAAUAUGAAACGACUAUUCAUAAUCAGCUGUUGCGUAUGGCUGACGCGAGCGUUCUAUUUACCUGGGUUGGCGCCACAGACCUAUUGCCCCGCUAAUGCUGUUACUGAAAAUUGCAAGAAAGACAUACCAGUGUUUGUUAAUCGGCUCAAUUCCUUGGAAACUGUUAUUCCAUUUGAGUAUGAUAGGUUUGACCUCUGUCAGGACACCAGCCCGGACCACUCCCCAGUGGAGAACCUUGGACAGGUCGUGUUUGGAGAGAGAAUCAAGAAAUCUCCCAUUACGCUGGAGUUUCAGAAGGACGUGAAAUGCAUGAAUGUCUGCAUCAAAUCAUAUGCGGCAGGAAAAAAGGAGGACAUGAAUAAAUUGAACUUCAUGCUGAAAAGUAUUGGCCAGAACUACUAUCAGCAUUGGAUCAUAGACAACAUGCCGGUGACGUGGUGUUACAUAGUGGAGGAUGGAAGCACGUACUGCUCGCGAGGCUUCCCUCUUGGUUGCUUUGUCAACAGCAAGGGAAAGCAAAAGGACAGCUGCGUAAUGAGCCCCAAGUUUGCAGAAAAAGACACCAGCUAUUUCUUCAACCAUGUGGACCUUGUGAUCAGAUACCACCCUGGGACUGGUGAGGACUGGGGCAAGACCAUCCCGGAAGGUGGCAGAAUCAUAUCUGCCAAAGUGACCCCCAAGAGUGUGAAGUAUGACGCAAAUGCGAAGGAUGUUGCCAUGUGCAAUGACAAUGAACCUAUGGGUGUGAAGAUGGAGGGCAAGACUGACUUCACCAUCAGAUAUACAUACAGUGUUCAAUGGCAGGAGGACAUGAACACCAAGUGGUCUUCUCGCUGGGACUACAUUCUAGAGUCCAUGCCUCACACCAACAUCCAGUGGUUUAGCAUCAUGAACUCGCUGGUGAUUGUGCUGUUCCUGUCAGGCAUGGUGGCCAUGAUAAUGCUGAGGACUCUCCACAAGGACAUCGCCAGAUACAACCAGAUUGAUAACUCUGAGGAGGCCCAGGAGGAGUUUGGCUGGAAGCUUGUGCACGGUGAUGCGUUCAGGCCUCCACGGCGGGGUAUGCUGCUGGCCAUACUCAAUGGCAGCGGUUGUCAGAUCUUCUUCAUGGCACUCAUCACUCUCGUGUUUGCUUGCCUGGGUUUCCUGUCUCCUGCCAACCGCGGUGCUCUGAUGACCUGUUCCCUCGUGCUGUAUGUGUGUCUAGGGACACCGGCAGGAUACGUGUCCGCAAGGCUUUACAAAACAUUUGGAGGUGAGAAGUGGAAAUCCAACGUGAUCCUCACAUCUUUCCUGUGCCCGGGAAUUGUGUUUGCACUAUUCUUUAUCCUGAACCUGGUUCUGUGGAUCGAGGGUUCAAGCGCUGCCAUUCCCUUCACCACCCUACUUGCCCUGCUGGCACUCUGGUUUGGCAUCUCUGUCCCUCUCACCUUUGUUGGAGCAUACUUUGGCUUCAAGAAAAGGCCAAUCGAGCACCCAGUACGGACCAAUCAGAUCCCUCGACAGAUCCCAGAUCAAACCAUCUACACCAAGCCUAUCCCUGGCAUUGUCAUGGGCGGAGUUCUGCCAUUUGGAUGCAUCUUCAUCCAGCUUUUCUUCAUCCUAAACAGUAUCUGGUCCCAGCAGACGUACUACAUGUUUGGUUUCCUCUUCCUGGUGUUUGUUAUCCUCCUCAUCACCUGCUCAGAGGCGACCAUACUGCUCUGCUAUUUCCAUCUCUGUGCUGAGGACUACCACUGGUGGUGGCGGUCGUUCCUCACGUCUGGUUUCACCUCGGUGUACUUCUUCAUCUACUGCAUCCACUACUACGUGUCCAAACUGGAGCUGGUCGGCCUCGCCUCAACUAUCCUCUACUUUGGAUACAUGCUCAUUGUGGUGUUCCUCUUCUUUCUUCUCACAGGAACCAUUGGUUUCUUUGCCUGCUUCUGGUUUGUCAGCAAGAUCUACAGCGUGGUCAAGGUCGACUAAGAUUGAAAGGUCAAGUAAUGAAUCUUGGGGCAUCAACGGUCAAAUUUGUGGGAGGCGAUCAAAGGCUCUCAGCUUUUUGGUGGAAACCAAGAGAUUUUAUAAUAUGAAGUGACUUUGUUAUAAUCUCAUUAAAAUCAAAUGGAUUAUGUCAGGUCUGUUGAUAGAACAACAUCAUCUGACUGGAGGUGAUUUUAAUGAGAUUCAACUGUGUUAUUAUUGUUUCUGUUUCUUUUAUUAUUUCUUUUAGAGGGCUUGUAAACAUAAUAAUAUAAAAAAAUAAAAGGAUUUUAAGUAUGUGGCAGAAGAAAAUGUGUACAUUCAGCGGGCAAUAUAUACUUCUGGUUAUUACAUGUUGACAUUUUUUCAUUAUCAAUUUGGGGAAACUGUUUAAGAAAUUUGUGCAAAUAUUCAACAAACAAAAAGUUGAUUAAAGUACGAAAAAUUAAGAUAAGAAAUUUAAGUUCAAAUGUGAAAUUCAAAAAGGCAUUUGUUUAACAUGAUCUUAAACAUUGGUAAGGACAAGUGUAUGCUGUUGUUUUUAAGUGUAUUUAAUGUACAUACAUUUCUGUGUAUUGAGUACCGUAAAAAUGCAGUCAUAAGUCUACCCGCUCAUAAGUCGGGGGUAAAAAAUUAUACGAAAAUCGGAGAUUUUGAAUAUGUCCAAGUCAUUAGUCGAGUCAGAAAUUGUCCGUGCAAGAAUUUCAUAAACAGACGCAAUUUUAAAUGUACGGGAAGUUUUUAUUCUAUACAUAGACCAUGACGUCAAUAUAGCACUGUGCGACGUAGACAUAGCGGACACGUGUAUUAUGUACUUUGUUUAAAAUAUAAUCAAUACGAUAUAUUUUUAGGAAAUCUAAAAUAAUAUAUGAAAAUAUAGACGAGCAAAUCAUAAUGAACCACAUAAAAACAAAGACAACAUAAGAAACCAGAACUUAUAUACAUGUUCAUCGUAAUUUACACAUCAACGACAUACGAAACACCUAACUCGCGUUCAGCAGCACUAUUAUUAAUUGAUUGCUCUGCAAAUUCUAUCAGCCUAUUUUAAACGUAUUGUCAUACGCAUGGCGUUUUCGAGGCAUUUUCACAAAUCAAAUGUAUUAUUUUUAUUAAAUUAUUAUUAUAAAGUUUGCACUUAAUUGUCCACGCUAGUAAUAAUCCACAAACUUAUAAUCCGAUGACACACUGUGAUCACUGUAAUCAAAUCUUUGUACUUUUAAUCUGACUAUCAAAACAAUUGAUUAGUUCCUCGGUAAACACGUUUUUAUGACAAUGAUUGACAUAACCAAUAGACCGCUAACUCCACCUUUGUUCUACAUAACAGUUUCAAAGGCGGAGCUAUGCACAUGCUCAAACAUAAUUGGACGAUUACCAGGGAAUAACAAACUCCCGAUUGGUUAAACAUGUCGCUUCACAAAUUAAAGAAAUUUUAUUUUAUCGGCGAGAAGGGUGAUGCUUUAUGGCUUCUUGACAGGAAGCGGCUUUCCUUUGAUGACGUCAAUCUGUCAAUUCACACAGGUUGCCAAUUCUCGCUCUACUUUAAAAAUGACUCGAUCUUUUGUUUACACGUUCAGUCGUAAAAAAACCUGCUUACAUGAAAAAUUUGGAUUAAAUUAUGAAAAUAAAAACAAGGGAAAUGUUGCGGCAAACUGUGGUAAUAUUAAUUGGUCAGAAUCAGUUAAAAGAGGAAAUUUUCUGUGUCGUAUUUCGACAAGUUUUCUAUACAACAACAACUUUAACCAUUUCCGCGGGGAUCAAUCUUAGUAGAAUGUCAUCAUUAUUUUUCAUGGACGACCUCAUAAGUCGAGACUGUAAAUUUAAUCAAAUUUUUAAGGAAAAAAAUCUCUAUUUAUGACUGCAUUUUUACGGUACAUAUGAAACAUGCCUUUUUUUGGUGCGGAAGGUCCUUGUAAAUCCAUUAUGAUGUUGUAAAUAUGUGCGUUACUAUGAAUUGGUUAUAUCAUUGGAAAACUUUAAACAUGUAAAAACAUGUUUAUUGUUAUGGGUUUGUGGAAGCUGUUAAACAUUUUUUAAAUUGGAUUGUGGUAUGAUAUAACUUAUUGUUAUCUCAAGUUCUAUGGGAUCAUUAAAAAAUCAUGAUACUGCAUAUUGAACUUGACUUUUCUGGAACAAACAUAUCUAAAUAAGUAAAUAACACAAUAUAUAAAAAAUGUUAUAUAACAAAUGUUGCCAUUAUCUUAGUUUAAGAACUUUAUAAUUGUUUAAAGUUUGCACUGCAGAUAGUAUACUUUUACUUAUGAUUGCUUGCAAAAUAACCAUCUACUGUCUUCAAGCAUAUGUUGUUGUUUAACUGAUAAUGAUUGGGAUAUAUGCACUAGUUCGAGUUAUGAUGCUUCAUCAACUAAAAGUGAUUUAUUUUCAAUUACAUAUUUCUACUUUACAAUAGUCAACACAUUCACCACUCCCCUCAUAUUUUGGUAUGAAAAUCUGCAUGUUAACUCGAAUGAUCAUACAAACAGUUCCAGCUGAAAUAAAUAUAUAAAUAUACAUAUGUAAAGAUUUUGUAUAUAGCAAUAUCAGAUUGGCUCAUUAUUUCUUUUGUUGAGUGUAAAAUUAAAAGAUAUAUCACAACUUCUAUAAUUACUUUUCAAAUGAAUUCAUAUUAUGUUCUCAGUUAUAUCUUGUAUGUUGCAUUUCACAACGUGGAACUUAUUAGCGUCAUUUAUGUACAACUGUAGUUCACUGUGUAGCGUAUCAUUGUAUCAGCCUUACAUACACAUGUAGGCUAACAUGCAUCUAUGUAUUGUGUAUUUUUAUGCCCCCAAAGGAGGGCAUAUAGUGAUCGCACUGUCCGUCUGUCCAUUUAGGUUUCCAAAAAUGCUCAUAACUUGCAGUCGCUUCAGAUGUAACAUGCAUAUUUGGUAUGCAUGUGUAUAUGGACAAGGCCUUUCCAUACGCACACAAAUUUUGACCCCUUUGACCUUACCUUGAACUUAGUGUUCGAGUUUAGGUUUCGAAAAAUGCGUUUAUGUUUCGAAAAAUGCUCAUAAUUUCUAUCAAAGCGCUUAUCGGGGGCAUAAGUCAUCCUAUGGAGACAGCUCUUGUUGUAAGUUAUACUACUUGUUUCCUUAUUUUUUAUGAAUGGUUAUGCUUGUUUGUUAUUUAAGUUUAUAAUGAACAUUUGAUUGUUAUAAAAAUUGAGAGUAUAUAUCAUAAAAUGUGUACCGGUAUUGCACUUUGGUACCAUGACUGCAUGCUGUUACAUACAUUGUAUGUACAUGUAGUUAUCUGUUCUUGUCUUAUAAUGGAUGUGAGGUUUUAAUAAAGUUAUUUAUUAUUUUGUUAGGGAUUUUGUUGUUUCUCUCUUACAUGAUCAUUCCAUGUUAAAUCACAUUUAAAACAAUUUUAUUUCACAUUUUACUCAAAGAAGUUAUCUUUUGAAUCAAAUAAAAAAUUCAGCCAAUUUGAAAAUACCAGCUAAUGUUAUUGUUUCAGUAUACAAUUAAGUACAACAAAUACCAUUCUUUGUAUGAAUUUAAUACUACUUGUAAUUGGUUGAGAUAAAUUGGAUGAGAAGUAUGAGCUGCACUCUAGGAAAACUGGACUUGACGCAUGUGAGAGAGGGUUGCCACUUUACGCCUUCAUGGACAUUUUUGUUAAAAGGAGGUCUCCUCAAAACAAAAAUCAAGUCUAUGUGGAAAGUGAUAUCCCAGAUUCUUUAAGCCCAUUUUUUUCUGAGAUCAGCUCAUAUAUUUUAUAUGCAGAAUCAUGCUAUAUGGUACAUGUACUCUUGACAGGUGCUUGUUCCUAAAUAAGAUUGAAAAUUUCCUAUUGAAAAAAAAUGGCGUUGAUUCUUAUUUUUAUGUUUUCAUUAUGGUUCACCUUUGUUAAGGAUAGUUGUUAAGCAGAGUUAAACAUGGAUUCUUGUUCAAGUAAAAGAAUGAUAUUUUCUGAAUAAAUACAAAAAUGUGUAUCCACAUUUCUCUGAAAAUGUAAAUACAUGUGUUUUUUGUUAUUUAAGAUUGUUUAUUUGAAUAUAAUAAUAUCUGAACAAACCAAUGAACAGUAUAUAGUAAAGUAUUUAAUAUUCCUUGCCACAAGCUAUAGAAAUUUUAAAUAUUGAUAAUAAUUGGCAAAUUCUGAUUGCUAUUUAAUAAAAAAAUUGUAACCAGUAAUCUGACCAAGCAUGGAAUGUCAGUUUUGCAUUUUCUUGUAUUUAACAGGCUUUUUUCCAAACGGGCAUGAAUUUUGAACUGAUUACAGUAAUAUUUUAAAUAAACAUCAAAAGCAAUUGAAAAAGAAUAUUGUUUUUAAACUUUAUCUGUUUGUGUAUGUGUAUAUUGAAUAAAUAUUUAUGGAUAUUAAUAUACUUUGUGUAAAACUAGAUUCAUAUUAUAAUAUAUUUUGUCUACAAAGUGUAUGAUACAUUUAAAUUGUGUUGCUUCUUUUGGACCUCUCAGGUUCAAGUGGGAUUUUGAGACAUUAAAUAAACUGCUAAUAUCA